CGGAAUCUCACGUCAAAGCGGGCACGAAUCCGUUAACCUUGACGACCUCUAUUCUCGCGUCCUGAUCUUCCAUAGGAUCUGCUUCCAGAAUACCUCUGAGCUUGCGUUUGGAGUGUCGCAAUGCCUGAUGAACUCAAGGGCUAAGGAACCGGGGGAGUUCCCUAUCUUCUCUCGGGCUCGAUGGUUCCCCAGGAAGACCGGCCGACCCCGGUCUGCACCUGUUGUCCUCUUCCUCUCUCCGGCCACCCUACCGGCGACCGUAGCGCCUUAGGUCGCGAUUACGGUCACACCGCGCGGACAACUGGGCACAGAUACUUACAUACGUACCCCUGCAGGGACACAAGAGGACCAGAACGAAUAUGACGAGAAAACGCGUCAGAAAGCCAUGGCUGGAUUAGUGCAGUCCUGGAUGGACAGGUUGCAAUUGAUCAGCGUCAUUACAACCUUCUUCGCCGCCAUCGAAGCUCAGCUGAUUGGCAGCACGACGCCCGACGACCCGAAGACGGACUCCAUGAUCGACCAAGCAGCCAACGCGGCACUUGCAGGCGCGCUGGUCAUUCACGUCUUCGCCGCAAUCAUCUCCUUCCUCGCCGCGUUCUUCCUCAUCCGAUACAAGCUCUCUGUGGCGAAGCACGAGGAGCGCAAGGUGGAAGGGGCGACGCACAACGGGGUCGAGACCGUUUCAAGUUCAUCGGUUUGGUCGUCGAACCCGCACCUAGAGCAGGUCGGGCCGUUCCGCCGCGGGCAGCCACCGACGCACCUGCUGGAUCAUUGCCACUCGCUGUGCAUGGGACUGUCGGCUGUUGGGUUCGUGCUCGCGAUAAUGGGUGUUAUGUGCUUCGCGUGGUCGCGGAUGCCGCUGAGUGCGAGCAUCUUCGCGUCUGCAUGUUGUGGAGCGUGUAUAGUCUCUGGAGUUGCUGCGAUAUUCUGGCCUGCUGGAUCUAUGCAUAGGCGCAAAUCUGACUGAGAUGGAACAUUCGGUAUGCCUGUAAGUCUGAAUCAACGGCUCUAUAACAUGUCAAUCACUUGACGACGUUACUCAGCGUUGCUCUACAACACACGUAAUCUACAUCGUAUCGUAUUCCUCAUAUUUCUAUGCUGAAUGUUUAUUUGAGAAAUAUUCUAUUCGAAGGCCCUUGCCGGGUUCGAAGAUUCGAAUACCCACGCUGUCCAACGACGACACGUUGAAGUGGCUAUCAACCGUGCUGCUGGAGAGGCAUGCUACGGCUCAAUGGCAACAUACGACUAGGGGCAUGCGCCCUCUACGUAAGCUUAAGCUCUCAAGGUUUCAUGUGUAUGAGAGCGAGUAGUAGCUAGCACCGCCGAGCCUGCGUCCCUAUUGGCACAUGGGCGGUCUUGUCUGCCAUUCUCGCCCUGUCUGAGUUGGAAGUGGACAGGCUUCUCGGGGAAACGGCUGUACCCCUCGAUGGGAACCGUUUCCGGCCGCUUGUCGCGGGGCCCGGAUUGUCUGCAUCCGAACAUACCGUGAACGUACUCUGCGCUGGAAAUGUCCCGCGCUACUCGCACAUAUUGUUCGACUCGGGGCGUCCGCCGACCCCAUUUGUCGCAUUACUACUGUCGUCAGUCAGCCGCAAUGGAGGAUACGCAAGCUGUUUUGUACGCAGUAGCAGCGGUCUUGGUCGCAGCCUAUGUUAUCCGCUGGCGCACGAACCCGCUCAACUCUAUACCUACUGUCGGCGGGCCCUCUGCGCCUAUCCUCUGCUACCUGUCUGCACUCAACUUCCUGCUCCACCCCAGGGAACUGCUCACCGAAGGGUAUCAGAAGUUCCACGGCUCAGUUUUCAAAGUUGCGCUCAUCGACCAAUGGCUCGUUGUUGUAAGUGGGUCAAAGCUGGUGGACGAGGUCAGGAGGCAUGCGGACGAGCAGCUGUCGUUCGUCGAAGGCGUAGAAGACCUCAUCCAAACGAGGUAUACGCUGGGUCCCGAGAUGACUAGCGAUCCGUACCAUGUCGACAUCAUCAAGGAGAAGCUGAUGCGCACCCUGCCGGUGGUGUUGCCGGACGUUAUCGACGAACUGACUUAUGCUGUGCCGAACUACAUUCCAGCUAACGAGACAGAGUGGAUCUCCGUCAACGUGUUGAAGACGAUGUUGAACGUGGUCGCGCGAGUCAGCAACCGCGUAUUCGUCGGUCUGCCUGUUUGCCGCAACCAGGCGUACCUGGACAUCGCGAUUGCUUUCACCGUUGACGUCAUCAAGGACCGGACGAUCAUCAAUAUUUUCCCCGAUUUCAUGAAAGGCUUCAUCGCCGGGCUCACGACCAAUGUGAAAACCAGUACUCGUCGGGCGAUCCCUCACAUCAAGCCUCUGUUGGACGAACGGAAGGCAAAGAUAGAAGAGCACGGUUUAGGAGAGCCAUGGGAAGGCAAGCCGAACGACAUGCUGGAGUGGAUCCUGGAACAGGCGAUCCCCAGGAGGUGUACAGACGAGGCUAUAGUGCAGAGGAUUCUCCUGGUCAACUUCGCCGCUAUCCACACCUCUUCGAACAGCAUGACCCACGCGCUCUUCGAUCUAGCAGCUGCUCCCGAGUAUAUACAACCCCUCCGCGAAGAGAUUGAACCCAUCGUAGCGGCUGAAGGGUGGACGAAAGCGGCGAUGGGAAAGAUGUGGAAGCUGGAUAGUUUCCUGCGGGAGUCUCAGCGAUUCAACGGUAUUGGCCUCACGUCUGUUACGCGCAAGGCUAUGAAAGACGUCGCCCUUAGCGAUGGAACCGUCCUCCCGAAAGGCUCCCUCAUCGUCACGGCGUCAUACCCUAUCCACCACGACAAUACGAUCUACGAGAACGCGAACACGUUCGAUCCAUUCCGUUUCUCGCGCAUGCGCGAAGUUGAGGGCGAGGGUAUGAAGUACCAAUUUGUGAACACCUCCCUCGAGUACGUUUCGUUCGGCCAUGGCAAGCAUGCAUGCCCAGGCCGCUUCUUCGCUGCGAACGAGCUGAAGGCAAUCCUGGCGUACAUCGUUGUCAACUACGACUUGAAGAUUGGCGGAGACGGAGAGCGCCCCCCAAACAUCUGCUUUGCCACGAACAUCGUCCCGAAUCCAAAGGGAGAAAUUCUGUUCAGAAAGCGGAAGGCCACUCUGUGA